CCGGCACGAUUCACCAUGGCUCCCGCACCGACAAACACCGAGUGGUCGGUCAAUUACGACGUGCUCCGCCGGGAGCAACUUUUCAGACACCCACCAAAGGACCACACGGCCUAUCCUGCCUUGGCCGCUGCAAUCCGACCUCAUAUCGAUUCGUUCAAUGCGCUCUUUGACGACACCAAGGUGCUUGAGCAUGGGUUGAAGGAUAUCGGCACCAAGACCUUCCUUGAUGGGGAUGUCGAAACUGCCGAGCAGAGGAAGGCGAGGCAAGCAGAGGGACGAAAAGCGCCUAAGAGGAAUCGGCUUAAUGUGCGCAUCCGCGAAGUUUUCCUCGAGAAGCCGGCGCUGCCUCCUACCAACAAGUUCACUACGCGCAACCGGAAUAUUUACCCGUCGGAGACUCGUGAAAGACAUGCUACGUACCGUGGAAAGCUGCGCGCAAAGCUUGAGUACCAGAUCAACAAUGGAGACUGGAUGGAGUCGGUUAGAGAGUUGGGUCAGGUUCCGAUUAUGUUGAGGACCAACAGAUGUCAUUUGGAAAAGGCAACCCCCGAACAGCUCGUCCAGCACAAGGAAGAAUCGGAAGAACUGGGUGGUUACUUCAUCGUCAACGGCAACGAAAAGCUCAUUCGGAUGUUGGUCGUCGGAAAGCGGAACUACCCCAUGUCGAUUAUCCGUGGUUCAUUUGUCAAGCGUGGAAGCUCGUACACCAAGUACGGUGUGCAAAUUCGAUCUGUCCGGCCGGACCAGACAUCGCAGACCAACGUGCUUCACUACCUCAGUGACGGCAACGUGACCUUCCGUUUCUCGUGGCGCAAGAACGAAUAUCUUAUCCCGGUGAUGAUGAUCCUCAAGGCCUUGGUUGAGACCAACGAUCGCGAAAUCUUCGAGGGCAUUGUCGGUGGCGCUUCGUCCAAGGGUGUCAGCAACACUUUCAUUACUGACCGUGUGGAACUUUUGCUGCGGACAUACAAGGGUUACAGCAUCCAUGGCCGCUCGUCCUGCCGCGCCUACCUCGGAGAGAAGUUCAAGCCUGUCCUUGGUGUCCCCGCGGACAUGUCAAACGAAGACGCCGGUGCCGAGUUCCUGCGCAAGGUUGUCUUGCCGCAUCUGGGCAACCAGGAUGUCACCGAGACCCAGGACUACGACAAGUUCAAGAUGCUCAUGUUCAUGAUCCGGAAGCUUUACGCCCUUGUCGCUGGAGACUGUGCCCCCGAUAACCCGGAUGCUGUUUCGAACCAGGAAAUCCUGCUCGGUGGCUUCUUGUACGGUAUGAUCUUGAAGGAACGACUGGAGGAAUGGGUGAGGUCUCUUGGACCGAUCGCGCGGGACUAUUGUAAUCGGAACAGCGGCGCCAAAUUUACAGACCCCGAGUUCGAAAGAGACUUUCUACCCAGAAUCGUGAAGAGAACCAACGAAAACAUCGGAGGUGCCCUCGAAUACUUCCUCUCGACAGGUAACCUGGUCAGUCCUACUGGUCUCGACUUGCAACAGGCCUCCGGUUAUACUGUCAUGGCCGAAAAGAUCAACUUCUACCGAUUCAUCAGUCACUUCCGCAUGAUUCACCGUGGUAGUUUCUUCGCGCAACUCAAGACAACCACCGUCCGGAAACUGCUCCCUGAGAGUUGGGGUUUCUUCUGCCCCGUCCACACACCCGAUGGUGCUCCUUGCGGUCUGCUCAACCACUUGGCACACAAGUGCUUGAUCGCCACCAGUAACGUGAACGUCUCGCAUAUUCCCCGGUUACUGGUGCAGCUGGGCGUGCGUUCGGAAUCUUCAGCCGCCAUCGACGAGAGCGUGACGGUGCAAUUGGAUGGCCGGAUCAUCGGCUACUGCUCCCCCAAGCAAGCCCGCGUGGUCCACGACACCCUCCGUCACUGGAAGGUAACAGGCAUGCACAAGGUGCCCCGCGAGCUCGAAAUCGGCUACGUCCCCAACAUGAACGGCGGCCAGUACCCGGGCAUCUACAUGUUCUCGCAAGCCGCUAGAAUGUACCGUCCCGUGAGGCACCUGGGCUCCGACAACCUCGACUACGUGGGCCCCUUCGAGCAACCCUUCAUGGAGAUUGCAUGCAUGCCCUCCGACCUCAUCCCAGGCGUCUCCUCGCAUAUCGAAUUCACCCCCACAAACAUUCUCUCCAUCGUCGCCAACAUGACCCCCUUCUCCGACUACAACCAGUCUCCGCGUAACAUGUACCAGUGCCAGAUGAGCAAGCAGACCAUGGGUACACCGGGUACGGCCAUCGACUACCGCACAGACAACAAGCUCUACCGUCUGCAGACGGGUCAAACGCCCAUCGUCCGCCCACCCCUCUACAACGCCUACGGUCUCGACAACUUCCCCAACGGCACCAACGCCGUCGUCGCCAUUCUCUCGUACACGGGUUACGACAUGGACGACGCCAUGAUCAUCAACAAAUCCUCGCACGAGCGCGGCUUCGGUCACGGAACUAUCUACAAGACCAAGAUCCACAACCUCGACGAGAAGGACUCGCGACGCAGCAAGUCCAAGCGCGAAGUCACCAAGCUCUUCGGUUUCGCACCGGGUGGUGAAAUCCGCGCUGAAUGGCGCGCAACCCUCGACGAAGACGGUCUCCCGCACAUUGGUACCCGCGUGCGUGAGGGGUCCCUCAUCGCCGCAUGGCACACUGUGCGCUACGACGCUGCGUCCGACUCGUACGUCAACGUCGACGGCCUCACGCAUUUCAUGAAGUACAAGGAUGCGGAAGAGGGAUACAUCGAUAGUAUCCGGAUCAUGGGUGCGGAGACGGGUGCGGAGCCGUGCCAAGCGCUGAGCGUCAAGUACCGUGUCCCGCGUAAGCCGGUUAUCGGUGACAAAUUCUCGUCUCGUCACGGACAGAAGGGUGUUUGCUCACAGCUGUGGCCUGCUGUCGACAUGCCGUUCUCUGAGAGCGGUAUCCAGCCUGAUCUCAUUAUUAACCCUCACGCCUUUCCUUCUCGUAUGACAAUCGCCCAAAUGAUCGAAUCCAUGGCCGGCAAAGCCGGCGCCCUCCACGGCCACCCACAAGACAGCACGCCCUUCCAAUUCAGCGAAUCCAACACAGCCACCGACUUCUUCGGCCACCAACUGCGCAAAGCCGGCUACAACUACCACGGCAACGAGCCACUCUACUCCGGCAUCACAGGCAAAGAGUUUGCCGCCGACAUCUUCAUCGGCGUCGUGCACUACCAGCGUCUACGUCACAUGGUUAACGAUAAAUUCCAGGUCCGCACGACAGGUCCUGUGAACUCGUUGACGGGACAGCCUGUUAAGGGGAGAGCGAAGGGUGGUGGUAUUCGUGUUGGUGAGAUGGAGAGGGAUUCGUUGAUUGCGCACGGUGCGGCGUUUAUUUUGCAGGAUCGGUUGAUGAAUUGUUCGGAUUCGACGAGAGCGUGGAUUUGUAGGUGUUGUGGGAGUUUCUUGUCGACGCAGGUUGCUGUGCCGUCGGUUGGGGGGAGUAAGGCGAGGAUUGCGGCGGCGAAGGCGCAGUCUUCUACGGCUGCGGCUAAUAAUGCGGCGAAUGCUGCUGCUACGUCGGCGCUUGGGGGCGCUGCUGGGAUUGUGCGUUGUCGUCGGUGUGCGAGGGAGGCGGUGUUUGAGGACUCCCGGGCUGAGGUUUGGGAGGAUGGUGAUGGGAGACGGUAUGUCGGCGGUGACAAUGUUACUGUUGUUGCUGUGCCGGGUGUGUUGCGGUACCUGGAUGUUGAGUUGGCUGCUAUGGGUAUCCGCAUGAAGUUCAAGAUUGACAACUGAUGUUGUGAAAAAAGCAUGUUUAUAGAUCUGGUUGUAUGUAAUUAU